AUGCAGGCACAGAUCUCGACUCAAAAUGUUUCCACAUGUUUUUGCGACGGAACGAUUCUGAAGCUUUUCGGGUUCAUGAGCCGUGCCCUUCUAGGUGCGUCGUCGGCUUCGUCGUUUGGCCUUCUCGUCCACUUGUUGCACCACUUCGCGUCUCCCGACGUUCCUCCUCCUUUGGAUUUCUCCUGCCCCGUUUGCCUUGACGGCCUGCACUGGCCCAGCUUGGGGUUAGGGGUCCUCAUAGGGUUUCUGGUUUGGCCUGCCUUGGAACUCCUUUUGUACAUCCGUGCAUUCCUGCUCCAGGUUGCUGCCAACCGCUUGCACGGCCGGGCCUCCUUCAGCUAUCGGCUUCUUACAUGA